UUCAACUUAACUCAGCUGUCCCCUUCUUACAAAAUAGAGAAUCUCCCCUCUUUUCUUCUUUCAUUACAAGCAAUGUGGCAGGCCAGGCAGCAGUAAGUCCAACCAGACAGCCCAGACAGAAUAAAACGUUUAGUUAAAGCAUAUAUCUCGUACCGCGUGGAUUUCAGCGUCGGAGCAACUGGUCCACAGCACGCACAAUUAAAAUAAUUUAAUAAGGAAUGUAAUCUCUAUGCACUCCUCUUGUUUGUUACCUGUCAGAUGCACAAAAUAUCAUCUUCUUAUUAUCAAGACGUUGUAUUUUCCCUCCCGUAAAACAGGAAUCAAAUAAUAAAACAAGCAGGCGCGCCAAAAAAAUAAAAAUCUGUAAUCGAUGGGUUGAGAAAGUUUUUUUUGUAUUAUUGUCCCUUAAUCGGAUCAAUUAAAGUUUAUUAAAUAAAGUCGGAUGAAGAAAUACUUUGCCGUAAGUGGCAGAAGAUUAUCAACGACGUAGCUUACAGAUGAAUAGAGAAGAUGUUGAAAGUUGUAGGAGCUUCGUGGCUGCAAACCCGCAUUUCUACUUAUAUCAUUGUUGCUGUUGCAAUUAUUGGUAUAGGCGCUAUUAUUCUCAGUGAAUUUGGGCAAAGAGUCGAAAAUGAUGGAAUAUAUUCAGCAAGAGUAAUUUACAACCGUAAGAGUGGAUACCGCGUAGAUUUUUGGGGUCAAAACAACGAGCUGGCAAGCUUACCAAUGGGCUCAGCGCGGGCGUACUUCAAGCACCGAACCCUCCAAACAGGCUGGUCGGUUCUAGAAAUCGAAACAUCACCGAGCUUUCCAGACGAGAUCCAAGCCUAUUCAGCAGGACUGCUAGAAGGUAGCUUGACGUGGCUCUUGAUCCACCUUCAUUGGUACAACACAAUAGCCACCGUGUGUGUUGGAGAUCGCAAAGCAAUUUGCGACGUAGUCAGACAGCAGCUCCGUGAUAACUCUGAGGUAGCUCGGAGCCACGCCAAGCUUCUUGGAGCUGAAGAUCCAUUCUGGCACAUGGUCAGGCUGUUCUACGCUCAGCUGGAUGGCUUGAAGGAAGGCUGGAACUAUGAACUCACUAGGAAUCAGCAAGAAGUUGAGAUUCCCGACGAAGACUUUAUCUGGUUGGCGAUGGUCUCUGAUUUGUCUAACUUUGGGCUUGAUGAUCCGCAGCACGCUGGCAUUGGAGGAAUUUUACUGAAAAAUUUAACCAACCAGUCUGAUGUUGAACCGCUUAUUGCGCUUGUUCAUAAUACUGCAGCACCAUACAGAAAAAUGUUGAGAAUGUUAAAAAAAUAUACUUUUGGUUACCAUAUCAAUGGAGAAAAAAAUUCCGAACGUGUGCCAACUCGCUCAAUUGUCCUUUCAUCUUAUCCUGGUGCUUUAUCUUCCCAAGAUGAAUAUUAUGGAUUAUAUCAAGAAGACAUUAAAAAUUUAAUGGUGCUUGCUGGUACUCCUUUAACGUUGUCUAAAGAAUCUCAAGUUAAUUUGGAAAGUAAAAUAUCUGAUGAUGAUGUACAUUCAAAUAGACCUAACAUUGUAAUGACAGCGGCUAAAAUAAUGGCAGCUAACUGGUUAGCAACAGACGUUAAUUCUUGGUCGCGGACAAUCGCUCGAAGAGACGGAUCAGAAAACACGCGUCAACUGCUUCAAUGGGUGAUUCUACGUCCGGCUGAUUCAUCAGUCUGGCUCGUUGAACAGCAUCCUCUAAUGACUCACACCAUUGAUUAUUCAAAUAUUUUCCGAGAAAAGGGUUAUCUAUUUUGCGACGGCAAUUCAUUAUUAAAUCAAGAAAAAAUUCUCAUUAAUACAGACAAAACUGAAAUUAAAAUUAAUCCGGAGCAAGUUGUUGAAAAUAAUAAUAGUGAAAAUAUUGAUUUAAAUGAGAAAAAAAUUUCUGAGAUUAUUGAAUCUAAUUCAGAGGAAUCGCAGGUUGGCCACGAAGAAUAUUUAAAUUUGUUUUUUAAAUCAUUAAACUCAAGCAUUCAUUUUAAAUUUAUUGAAAAAGAAUUACCUUUAAUGAUUGAUACUAUGACAUUCCGCGGUGAUCUUGAAACUACACCUACUGCAAUUGGGGUAAUUGAUUCCAAAAUAAUGCUACUUAAUGAUCAAGGGUUGGUUGAUUUUCAAGCUAACUCAGGGCCUCCUUGGUCUGCUGAUCAAAAAAGUCCUUUUCAAUGGUCCAAAUCUUUCCCUAAUAUUUCGCACAUUGGUCAGCCGGAUAAAUUUCAAUUUUCUAGUAUCAAUCCACAUUGGGCAUGGAAUAUAAUGAGUGACACCACUUUGCCAUUUGAAUUAGUAAUUUGCAAAUCUGAAAUAGAUUAUGAGAAUGAAAAUGAGAACCCGAUAGUGGAUGAUAACAACCGUCACGACUCGCUAGCCGAGCUGCCGAUUGAUAUCGAAGAAAUAAAAAUAGAGGAGCCAGAUUUUUCAACAAUUUCCAAAAAAAAGCCUCGCAAGCGUAAAGCGAAAGCAGAGUUAAAGCCAAAAUCGCGUCGGAAAGUUUCCCGAAGGAAGCCGAAGGCCGAGAACGAGCGACCUUACGCAUGUACCACUUGUUCCAGCUCGUUCCGAGAAAAGUGGAGCCUGAACCGGCACAUUAAGAACCACGAAGCUAAAACAUUUAUCUGCGACAUAUGUGCCGCAAAAUUCGGGCGGAAGGGCCACCUGGAGGGCCACAUGAAGAUCCACACGGGCGAGAAGCCGUACGGCUGCUCAGUUUGUCCGGAGAAGUUCCGCAAGAGGACGACCUUGAACCAGCACAUGAGGAUCCACACUGGAGAGAAGCCCUUUCAGUGCGACGUUUGUUCAACCCGGUUCCGGCAAAAGGGCCAGGUGACAGUCCACAUGCGGAUCCACACCGGGGAAAAGCCCUACACUUGCAGUGUCUGUUCCGCCAAGUUCCGGGAACGGGGCACUUUGUCCAGCCACAUGCUUGUUCACACCGGGGAAAAACCGUACGCUUGUCAGUUGUGUCCGAUGAAGUUCCGGGAGAAGAAUCAUUUAAAGUCGCACAUUCUUAUCCACACUGGAGAAAAGCCGUACGGCUGCAAUAUCUGCUCCUCUAAAUUUAGACAAAAGUGCACGCUUGUCAAACACCUGAGGAUCCACAAAGGAGGAAAGCUUCACACUUGUUCUGUCUGUUCGACUAUUUUUCCUAAAAAAGCUACGCUUGCUAAACACAUGCUCACUCACACUCCCGAUGAACUUUUGAUGUUUGAGAUGUUUGAAAAAGAUGAAGAGGAUUUUCAAGAGGAUCAAUCAAUUUUUAAUUAUGAAGAUUAUAAUUUCGGUGAAGAUUAUCCUGUAGAUAUUGAGGAUAUUAAAUUAGAAAAACCUGAUGAUUUUCAAGAUGAACUAAAAGAAUCAAAAGUCCAAAUAAAAAGAUCCAAAAAAUACGAGUGUGAUUAUUGCAAGUAUAAAUUUUCUCAUAAAAGCGCAAUACUGGUUCACAUCAACAAACAUAUGACGACAAAAUACAGAUGUGAGAUCUGUUCAAAAAGUUACAUCACAAAAGAGGGCCUGACCCUUCACACAGCUCGGCAUACAGGCGACAUGCCCUACGAGUGUGAAAUUUGUGCUUCUAAAUUCGGGGUCAAAUUUACUUACGACAAUCACAUGCGAAUCCACAACGGCGAAAAGCCCUUCGCUUGUAACGUUUGUCCCUCGAAGUUCCGCGAAAAAAGCCAGCUGGCCGUUCACCAGCGGAUUCACUCAGGUGACAAGCCCUAUACUUGUCACAUUUGCUCAGCGAAGUUUCGUCACAAUCCGAGCUUGAAGCGUCACAUUAGAAUUCACACCGGCGAGCGGCCUUUCAGUUGCGAAGAAUGCUCCGCGAAAUUCCGGGACCCUAGUUCGCUAAAGAGCCACAAGCUAGUUCACACUGGAGAAAAAAGAAAAAAAAAAAAAAAAAGAGAAAAACGGUAUUCUUGUGAAAUUUGCUCCUACAAAUUUAGAGAAAAUUACUUCUUGAAAAUUCACAUGCGCAGACAUACUGGAGAGCGGCCUUUUGCUUGUCAAGUUUGUUCCUCGAAAUUUAAAGUUAAGGGCUCGUUGAACAGGCACAUGAAGACUCAUCAGAAGAGAUGUAAGGAACAAAAUUUGUGACAUCUGUUGAAUGAAAUUUUUGUUUUUUAAACCUUCA